UCCGCAGCCGUCCGUACAGAUCGGAUUCGCGAUCUCUGUUUGCGUGUUAUUUUCGUUUGCGUGUUUUUGUUUUUCCGAAAGAACCGUUGGCGUCGGCGUUGGCGCUUUUGCAGUAAAAAUGAGUGAGAACGGAGACCACGGCGACCAGGAGGACGACCAGCAGGCUGCUGGCGGCAAGAAAAUGGAGAUUCAGCUGGAGCUCAACGUGAAGCAGAAGCUUGCCACCCGUCUGGGCACUCUGCUUGUGGCAUCUUUGGUCUAUGUCUGCUUCUGUGGCGAUAGUGCCGUAGCCAGUCUCAUUUUCGUAGCGCUCUUGGCUCUGCUCCUGCGGAGUACCACAUUUGUGUUUUCCCUGGUGAUGACAGCAAAGAGGGACACCAUGGCUCUGCAGCGCUUCCUGGCCCUCAAUUUGUAUCUGCUGAAGCGGGACCGAGGGAACUUCACCAUAGCGCGAUGCUUCCAGCAACUGGCCCGCUCGCAGCCCCAAAAGGCCUGCUUUGUCAUGGACGAUCGCAGGAUCACUUAUGCCGAGGCCCUGCUGCUCAGCGAAAAGAUUGCCGCAUUCUUCAAGCAGCAGGGACUGCAGCGGGGCGACUGUGUGGCACUGCUGAUGGAGACGCGCCUGGAGUAUCCCUGCAUUUGGCUCGGCCUUUCGCAGUUGGGCGUGAUCACGGCUCUGAUCAACUCCAAUCUGCGGGGAGAGUCGCUGCUGCACUCUGUCAAGGUGGCCAAUGCCAAGGCCUUCGUUUUCGGAAGCGAGCUGAUGGAUGUCGUCCAAUCGCUGAUCGAGAAGGAGCAGCUGCCUCGCAUUCCCGUCUAUCAGUACACCGGUGAAGAGCUGAGGACCCUCCCUGGGCAUGAACUACUGCCAGGAGCCGUGGAUCUAAGUGCUGCCCUGACGACGCAACAGGCCAUGGCCCUGCCUCCCUCCUCCUCAGCAGGGGAGGCGCGCUCAAAGCUGCUCUAUGUGUACACAUCCGGCACCACGGGCCUGCCCAAGGCGGCUGUCAUUACCAACCUCCGCUUCCUGUUCAUGGCCGCCGGAACGUUCUACAUGCUGCGCCUGAAACGCGACGAUGUGGUGUACAAUCCCCUGCCCCUCUACCACACUGCCGGAGGAAUUGUGGGCGUGGGCAAUGCCCUGCUCAACGGCUCGACGGUGGUGCUGCGCAAGAAGUUCUCGGCCAAGAACUUCUGGCUCGACUGCAGCCGCAACGACUGCACCGUGGCCCAGUACAUCGGGGAGCUGUGUCGCUACCUGCUGGCCACGCCCUACACUCCCGAGCAGCAGCAUCACCGCCUCCGCCUGAUGUACGGCAACGGGCUGAGGCCGCAGAUCUGGUCGCAGUUCGUGCGCCGCUUCUCCGUGCCGAACAUAGGCGAGAUCUACGGCGCCACUGAAGGCAACUCCAACCUGAUAAACAUCACGAACCGCGUGGGAGCCAUUGGCUUUGUGCCCAUCUACGGCCAGAGGAUCUAUCCCGUCCAGGUGUUGCGCUGCGAUGAGGAGACGGGGGAGCUGCUGAAGGACCCACGUGGCCACUGCAUCCGAUGCCGGCCCGGGGAGGCAGGUCUGCUGGUGGGCAAGGUGGAUCCCCGACGCGCAGUCAGCGCCUUCCACGGCUAUGCGGACAAGGGCGCCUCGGAGAAGAAGCUGCUCCGGAAUGUCUUUGCCAAGGGCGACGUUUUCUUCAACUCCGGGGACAUGGUGGUCUGCGACAUACUCGGCUAUUUCUACUUCAAGGAUCGCACGGGCGACACCUUCCGCUGGCGGGGCGAGAAUGUGGCCACCCAAGAGGUGGAGGCCAUCAUAACGAACUGCGUUGGCCUCGAGGACUGUGUGGUCUAUGGCGUGCAGAUUCCCCAUGUGGAGGGCAAGGCUGGCAUGGCAGCGAUUGUGGAUCCCGAUCGGAAAGUGGACAUGGAGUAUCUGUCGAUUGUGCUGAGGGGCAGCCUGCCGCCCUACGCCCGACCCCUCUUCAUACGGCUGCUGGACGAGAUUCCGCGCACGGCCACCUUCAAGCUGAAGAAGCGCGAGUUGGCCACUGAGGGCUACGACCUGACCAGGCUAUCGGAUCCAAUAUACUACCUGAACCGCGAUGGGGUCUACAGGCAGUUGAGCAGGGAUCAAUAUAAGGCCCUGCGAGCGGGAACGGCGGGACUGUGAGCUCCGAGCUGCCCCGUCCGCUGAUUAUUUUUAUUAAUGUAAGAAAUUGAAUGUUUCGUAUGUCCAAUUGUACUUUUACCACUAAACCAACGACUGAUGCCAAAGAUGGCGAAGAGCAUCAUUGCUUCUGGGCCGAACACCCCGAAAGCCGAGCGCGUUUCUCGGCCAUAAAGUG